AUGGCGCGGCUGCUGUUCUUAAUAGUCUUGGUGACGAUCUGUCCUUUCUCUUGGGGCCAGGUCUGUCCUGCUGAGAUCCAGUGCGCACAACCCCCUGAACUGCGCGAGAAGCCAGUCUACGAGCUCGAGCCGUCGAUCGUCACGCACAGUAAAACCCAUGUCGAGGCUGUGCAGCGGCCUACUGUGACCGUCUGGGUGGACACGACCACCACGGCGCAUUUCUAUAAGGAUGUUGUCGAGACGGAGGAGCUCACGCACACGUAUACCGUCACGCCGACGUCCGCGUGUAUAAAGGAGAUUGACAGCCUGCCUACACCCGCGCCAAAAUUCCCGCCGAAGCCUCAGGGGCAAGGAAGUGGCCCCCUCGGCAAAUCAUUCAAGGAUGUGAUCAAGGAAGGCACCAAAGCAGGUGCCAAGGCAGGCGCUGUGGGAUCUAUGGGCCCUCUUGGUUCGUUUGUGGCACCGGUGGCAGAUAAAUUGUUAGACGAUGUGGUGGACGAUGUGCUAGGUGAAGUGGUGGAAGCAGUGGAAGAGGCGGCCGAUAACUAUACGGACCAGAUUCCUCUUAGUGAGAUCUUUAUUGAGGAGGACGAGGAUUAUGACGAGUAA